AUGUCAAAGCUAAUCGAGGUGUUUCUGGGGAAUCUGUGGACGCAGCGCUUCACCUUUGCCCGCAUGGGCCUGGACUUGCAACCGUAUAACAAUGGCAAAAAGGGCAAAGUUCUGCGAUCUCCGAUGCUUUAUGGCAUUAUGUUUCUGGCCACCGGCUUUGAACUCUGCACCGUGUGCGCUUUUAUGGUCCAACAUCGCAACCAAAUCGUGCUCUGCUCCGAGGCCUUGAUGCACGGCUUGCAGAUGAUCUCCUCGCUGCUGAAGAUGGCCAUAUUCUUGGCCAAGUCCCACGACCUGGUGGCCCUCAUUCAGUUGAUUGAGACGCCUUUUACGGACGAGGAUCUUGGCGUUUCGGAGUGGCGAUCCCAAAAUCGCAGGGGCCAACUCAUGGCUGCCAUUUACUUUAUGAUGUGCGCCGGCACAAGUGUCUCCUUUCUGCUGGUUCCAGUGGCUUUGACCAUGCUGAAAUACCAUUCCACGGGGGAGUUUGCACCAGUCAGUUCGUUUCGAGUGCUCCUCCCCUACGACGUAUCUCAGCCGCAUAUCUACGCAAUGGACUGCUGCCUGAUGGUAUUCGUGCUAGCCUUCUUUUGCUGCUCCACCACCGGAGUGGAUACCUUAUAUGGAUGGUGUGCCCUGGGCCUGAGUUCCCAGUACCAUCGACUUGGCAAGCAGCUGAUGUGGAUCCAGGAGCACUCCGAUCCAUCUCGUUAUGAUUUGGGUUUAAGUGGGCUUUUUGCCGAGCAUGCUCGUCUUUUAAGGCUAGUCCGAAAUUUCAAUAUCACCUUUAUGGAGAUUGCUUUCAUUGAGGUUCUCGUGAUCUGUGUGCUCUAUUGCUCCGUAAUUUGCCAGUACAUAAUGCCACAUACCGAUCAGAACUUUGCCUUUCUGGGUUUCUUUUCCAUGGUGGUCACCACCCAGUUGUGCAUCUAUCUUUUUGGUGCAGAACAGGUGCGUUUGGAGGCUGAGGGAUUUUCCAGGGAGCUCUACGAGGUGAUACCUUGGCAAAAACUUUCUCCACAACACCGAAGGCUUUUACUUUUCCCCCUUCAAAGAGCUCAACACGAAACUGUCCUGGGUGCCUAUUUUUUCGUGCUGGGAAGACCUCUACUCGUCUGGAUAUUUCGCACAGCGGGCUCUUUUACAACUUUGCUGAAUGCACUGUAUGCAAAAUACGAGACGUCUUAG